AUGUCAGCACUGUUGUCACCAGGUGAUGCUUUAGCCCUCGAGAAUUUCGAGCCCCUAAUGGAAAAGCUAGUUGAUCAACAUCACCGCCAGUUCGCGAACGCCCUUUCGCUGUCCAUUUCGUGGGAGGAUGACAACACCAAUGCCUGUACGGAUCUUGCCAACUUUCAGGCUAUCCUCCGUCUGUUUGACUACCCAAAGGCGGAAGAAUACGUGAUACCAGUCGACGCAGAUGCGCCUGGGUGGGACGUUUCCGAUAAGAUUCGGGGCCUUAUCUGCCAGGCCAUGAUAAUGACUGGGCGAACUAUCAUUUUGAUUCACUAUGGUGGCCAUGGAUUGAACUGGAAUGAUGAAUUACACUUCUGUAAUUCCACAGGAAGAAAGCUUUUUCAACGUGAAUAG